CUACAACCCGGCUGUCAUGCAGGUUCUGGCUAGAGAGGAGACAAACUUCCAGGCAACUCUCCGUGAGACUGAAACCCGACUCCCCUAACAAAUAUUUGAAAUACAUAAUGCAAACUUUCUCCUCUUGGAUUAAGAAGCCUCGUGGACUGUUGACAGAGGAAGUUUAUGUACUCUCUGUGUCAGGCAUUGUCGGUAACAAUGCACCAGAAAUCAGGAGUUAUCCAUGUUCGGUAACAAUUCAGCAGAAAUCAGGGGUUAUCCAUGUUCGGUAACAAUGCACCAUAUGUCAAGGGGUUUUCAAUGAUUGAAGGGUAAUAGGGAAAAAUCCAUACUGUAACUUUAUCUGAUGCCAAGGUUUGAUUCCCAGGUGUAACAUAUUGUUGGGCAGACCACUCACGAAGUCUGAUGUACGAGCUACUGCAAAACCUUACAGUUUUACUGUCUUACGGCUUCAUUAGAUACAUCGCGCUAGACCACCGAGGUGUUAUUGGACCACCGAGGUGUUAUUGUAUUGGUGUCCGUAGUAAGCAGCACACACAUAGUAAAUAGCCUGAUUGCCGAUCAUAAUCAUUGCGGAUAAUAGCUUCAUGAAGCAUUGUCACCAACACCAGCAUCUGAUAAGACUUGUUAGCGGGUGAUGUCGACUGCAGCAGCCAACUGCCUUGCACGUAUGUAGGUCAUACCAACCCACCCUGGCCGAUUAUAUCACUUGCAACGUAAUUUCGCUUUCUUUCCAAGAAAAAUCUGACUUAAAUGAUCAAAAAGACUAUUGUAGCUAAUCACCAUGUGUUUGUCAGGGCUGUGAACAUAUAUAAUACCGUUCAAAUAUUGAUGUUUUAUCGAUCCACGAUUUUGAGAAAUCGAUUGAUUACUGAACCAGUUUCGUGAAUAGACUUCAGGCACGUGACAGAACUAGUGGUUCAUGUCCUAGACCGGAGAGUAGAGUCAACACGUCCAUGGACACUGAGCUACUGUCACACCACCCUUAAUUCCACAGGAUAACAAGUUUUGAAAAGAGUAAUCUGUUGUGAAACCCUUGAUAUAAAUAACCUCAAUCUCCUUAUGUGGCCAACAUUCCUGAUCUGAUUGCUUCACUGUCCAUGGAGCUUCACAAUAGAAAUCAUCCGGAUCACAUACAUGAGAAAUGCUGUGAGUGCGACUAUGUGACAAACACACAUAUAGCUUUAACAAUGUCGGACUCUCUCUAUCAAACAAAUACGUGGAGUUACCGAGUAUACUACAGUGUUACUCAUACUACAGACAGUAAUACCUCUGUGAGCAUACGAGUACUACGGUCACUGUGCAACACGCAGAAGCAAAACACAUUGUAAGUCAGGAAACUAAAAAUACAACAAUGAAUACUUGGUUCAUUUUCUUUAUAGUUACAUAUAUGAAUAAACAAUGAAACAGCAACUAUAAGAAAAAGGUAUAGUUAAGUGGUUUACUUUCCUUGUCGGUCAAGCUCUCCUGAGUCAGAUGACUUGGAAUAUUUUGUACAUGACCACUAUAUUGACCUGGUGCAUGGGGCGAACGUCCAUAAUCACAAGAAGAAACUCAGGACAACGAACAUCGCCAUAAACAAUGAAGUCGUACAAACACUGCAGUAACCCAACCGGGGAUGUGACCGCUCCCCUCGAGACUGUGCAAGACGUCAGUCACGGGUGGCAGAUCACCCUGUACCCGGCGUUCCUGACAUGGGCGUGACUUAAACCAGUCUCCCGUUGCCGCUCAGGUAACUCGACGGUUGGGCUCUACCUCUCGCCUACAGGAGUAGUCCUUGUCUCACUAUGGACGGGCAUGUACUUCUUCUACUGACGGUGGGGAUUUCGGCUUUCGCCAUGUGCCACUGCCAGACGACGGAGAAAAUAGGCAACUUGACUCUCGUAUGUCCCCAAGGAUGGACAUUUUAUGGAACCAGUUGUUAUCUCAAAGUGUCAAAGGCGAUGGAAUGGGAAGCAGCACAAGAGCUCUGUAUGAGAGAACAAGGGAUGCCUUUGGACAUACAAGACGAAGUCGAGAACAAGGCUCUGGCCGACAUGGCGGGUUCAUGGAAGAUGUUUUGGGUUGGAGACAAAAUUAAAAAUUCCUGCACGGGCUACUGGGACGUUAACGAGCCCCCAGCCAGUGUGAAGGAAGGAGAUUGUGCUGCUGUGCAGAAGAACGGUCGAUGGAAGGUUGUGUCAUGCCAGAGUCGUCUCCCUUUCUUUUGCAAGACCCCAUCGUGCUUGGAAGGUUCUUUCGACUGUGGACGUGGAAAAUGCCUGAACAGCAAGUGGAAGUGUGACGGCAUCAACGACUGUGGCAACAACAGGGACGAGAUGGACUGCAGUUCAAAGUGCACAUUUACAAACACCGGCGCCAGUGGCAGAAUCAAUUACUUCAGCGGCUACGCCAACAACGCCGACUGUAUGUGGACCAUCAUCUCACCUCCUGGAACACAGCUUGGAGUGACGUUCAGCUCAGUGCGCCUGGAAGAUAAGGUGGAUCUACUGGAAGUGAGGGUUGGGGGCCAGACGAUACUGGACACCCGGGUGUUGGAGACACUGACAGGCAGCCUCAGCAACAAGGUCAUCUUCAGCACCAACAACAUCAUGCUGCUACGUCUUACAUCCGACUCCUCCGUUACAACAUUUGGCUUCGACCUCACCUGGUCGUCAUCUAACAAUGCCCUUUCGACGGACGUCCGUCCUAUAACUGCUGGGUCUUCCUGGACAGACUUGACGUCGCCAUUCUUCCCCAGUACCCCACCCAGUGGUUUCCGACUUGAGUGGUUGGUGUCCAGCUCAGACAAUACAAUUGUCACACUCAUGGUGGAGGACGUUGACCUUGGCCCUGACUGGAUGCUGAUGGUCUACAAUGGGGAAGGGUAUGACGACUCACUGCUGAUGGCCUCCAGACGGACGGAUCUCUCUUCUCCCGCCAUCUAUAUCUCCACCGCCAGUAAAAUUCGGAUUAUCCUGAAAGGGAAAGACACGUCUGGAGGGGGACGUGGCAUUAAGCUCAGGGUUAAGAAUGGAUGCAACGUUGAGAUACAAGCAGCUAGUGGCACAGUGACCUCUCCUGGAUUCAACAAGAAGAUAUACCCGACCUCUGUGACCUGUUCCUGGAAGAUUCAGGCGCCGAGUGGUGCUAACAGGAACCUCAUGGUCAAAUUCCUUUACCUCGUUCUGGAGACCGUUGGCAAGGAUCUAAUCGAGAUAUACAAUGGUUCCGACGCAUCGGCUGCAGCCCUCCACUCGGGCAGCGGCUACACCGGGGACCUAACGUCAUCUCUUCCCAGCGUCAACGGAGGCAACACUCUCUUCGUCAGGUUCAAGUCCAGCCUCAUCCAGGACGAGGGGGGUUUCCAGUUUGAGUUCUCAAUAGACUGCCCUACUAUUCCCGCCUCGGCCAACAUGGCGCAAUCAUCUGCCGCUACAGCCUAUCUUAGCUCUGUGACUGUCAACUGCAACACUGGAUACUCGUUCAAACAGGAGGAAUAUUAUCAAAAAGCUACUGUGUCUUUCCUUUGUGAGAAGGGAGGGAAGUGGGAUAAUCCAAGAUAUCCUACCUGUCAGGUGGUCUACUGUGGAGCGCCGGAUGCCAUUGAGUUUGGUUUCGUGAAGAACUACAGUGGGGCUGUAACCUACAACAGCAAGGCUGUCUAUGAAUGCUACAAUGGAUUCACGAUGAAAGGGACACCGGAGGUGACGUGUGGUACAUCUGGAAAGUGGCAGACACUACCCACAUGUGAAUCUGCCACGUGUGGUGCUGCUCCUGCUGUGACGAAUGCUGAUUCCAACAUCAUCACCACGACAGGUGCGACGUCGUACGGGGCAAUCGUGGAAUACACGUGCAAUGCCGGCUAUGAGAUUAAAGGAUCUUCGCGCAGACUCUGCAACACCACCAACACGUGGACCAAUACCGCCCCCACUUGUGAAAGGAAGAAAUGUGCUCUCCCCCAAAUCGCUUUGGGCUUGCUGAACGUGGCCAAGCCAGCUGAUUUCGAGGACAAGGUAACUCUGGCGUGUGAGCCUGGCUAUUGGGCCUCCACUACAAACAAAACAGAAGCCGUCCUCACGUGUAAAGCGGACGGCAGAUUUGAGGAAGUCUCCUGCGUGGAUGAAGACGAGUGUGUCACCAAGUCCCCUUGCUUGUCUACACAGACCUGUGUGAACAAUGUCGGCUCCUACAAGUGUGUGUGCAGACAUGGCUACAGACCAGGGACUCCCGUGCUGUGUGAAGAUAUCAACGAGUGCAGUGACGGUAAUGGCGGCUGCCAAGACGGCUGUCAGAACUCCCCGCGGGAUCCUACACCUGCACCUGCAAAGAGGGAUACAAACUGUUUGAAAAUGGAACCAACUCGAAGUUCAUCGUGGAAGGCGAGACGGGUCUCAAGAGACUUGACGUGGAACACGUGUCCUCGUCCUAGUGAUGUCACCAAUGGCGUCCUACACAGUAAGAAACAGACCUUCUUCUACCAGGAUGAGAUUAUGUACAGCUGCCAGCUGGGAUUCACCUUGAGCGGAAAUGAGACGAGGACAUGUCAGGCACCUGGAACCUGGUCUGGAUCUGAUCCUACUUGCACAGCUGUUACCUGCUCAGCACAGACAAGCCAAGGGACUGAUGUCCAGAAGGAGAGGGCGGUUCGCAUUGUCCCGACAACUCCUGUUCCGUUCAAGGGCAAGGUGGUUAUAGAGUGCAGGAAGGAGGAUAGCUCCACCUUCAACAAAACCCUCUACUGUGCCUAUGACAGCAAGACGAAGACAUAUACCUUACAAGGCGACUCCCCCAUCUGUCCAGUUGUUGACUGUGGGCCUGUGGAGGACAUCGCUGGAUUUAACAAACCUAACCUAGCAACGAUUGGGUCAACGUUUGGGAAAUCAUUUCAGUUCAGUUGCAGAACAGGGGCGACGCCAUCGGGAGUUUCCACUGAAAAUAGCAACACUGUGAGGUGCCUUCAAAAUGGUCGAUGGGGAUUCGGUAAUCUCACCUGCAUAGCUGCGACGUGCCCGGAUCCAGGUACUCCCGGGGGAUCGGAGCAGAUAUUUGACAGCUACGAGCAGGGCAAGGUUGUGGCUUACAGGUGUACAAGACCUGGAUUCACACCUGUUCCCGAUGACAACCGCACCUGCGUCUACUCAGACACCGCUAAGUCAGCAUCGUGGAGUGGAAGUGUUCCUGUGUGUGAAGAUACAAGCCCCCCGGUGUUUACCAACUGUGACGGUGACAGGAACAUCACGAUCAACAAGAUGCAGGUACCAAGCAUCGCCACCCCCUCCGUUCAAGACAACUCUGGCUUUCUUAGCAUGAAAGGUUUUAUCCUUCCACGUGGCUUCAAUCCAGCGGACCCAGUGUGGAGGAACACAGAAGUAACUUAUGAAGCCACGGAUGGUGCUGGUCGAAGUUCUCAGUGCAAGUUCCAGAUCAAUGUCAGAGGUAGAAAAUAUGGGCUUAAGUCUUCUUAUGUUAUCACAGAACCGUUGUCGGUACAUCCAAACCAGCGAUGUAGGCGAGUGUUUAAUGCAAUGUUUAUAUUGUUUCAAGUAUUUCUUAUCUGGGAAAUGUUUCCACGAGCUGACCAACAGUCUACAGAACGCCGUCAUUACUCGCUCCAACAACAGCGACAGCAGCAUCCUCUCCUCUGUCGUCACCUGCAAAAUGGUUAUGCCCUUGCCGACGGCUCCACAAGUCGUACAUACAACUGUUCGGGAGAGAAUCUCUGGUCACCAUCUUUACCUCUCGAGGACUGUUUACCUUCAUCAACCACUGAGUACACGUACAAGGUCAGCCUAGAUCUGAAGUCCAAGGACCAGGUGCCCUCCAGCAGUGCAUGCCGCGAUAACCUGGGGAAGUUUUAUAACGAUGUGAUAUCCCCCACAACAUCCGGCAUCAACAAUCUGUGUCAGAUUCAGGGACAGCUGAACGCCAAAUACCGCUUCAGUGUCGCCGAGGCCAUCUUUGUUGGUGUUCCCGCUCUUUUUGAUCAUAAGGUGGAACUGACGCUAAAACUGGAAAAUAACGAUGGACAGAAUGCAGCUCUGGAACUUUGCGCCGGCAAUAUCAACCUACAGAAGACAGUGUUGUUUGGGCUGGUAGACGGAGGAUGUAACUUCACUGUGCAGGACAGUUCCACGGGCGUUAAUCUCACACGGUCCGGACAAUCCUGUAGUGUCGGGUACCGGCUGAGAGACGUCGGAGGAAGCAAGAAGUGUCUACCGUGUCCCCACGGAUACUCGUCGUCCCCCAGUGGAGGUUGUGUUGAGUGCCCUGACGGUCAGUAUCAGGACCAGCCCGGACAACCCUCCUGUAAGAGUUGUGGCAGCAACAUGUACUCACUGACCCCACGGACCAGCAGUGCAAGAUGUGUCAGUAAGUGUCGUCCUGGGUUCUUUUCUACAACAGGGCAGCAGCCAUGUGAUGAGUGCCAAGAAGAUAGGUACUGGGUGAACGCCACUCAUUGCUUACCAUGUCCAGAUGGAGGCUCCACCCUGUAUGUAGAGGGCACCACCAGCAUAUCAGCGUGUAGAGCACCGUGUCCCAGUGGUCAGUACUCCGUGACUGGCUACGCUCCCUGUACACCGUGUCCUCGCCAUUUUUACCAAGACUCCACGGCACAGACACGGUGUAAGGAGUGCGGCACAGACCAGAUCACAGAACAGACAGGCUCAAAGACACUUAGUGACUGUAAACCCGGAAACACAACACUAUGCGCCGAUGCUUGUUCUUCUGAAGGCACAUCUACGUGUACCUAUAUCUAUCAUCGACUCGUGUGUACCUGUAAACCAGGCUAUACCGGGGACAAGUGUGAUACUCAGAUCGACUACUGCAUGUCUAGCCCCUGUCUGAAUGGAGCCACCUGCAAACCCAAACUUGGGGGAUUUGACUGCCAAUGCCCUGCUGCCGAGGUAUGCAAAAUGGUGAAGAACGCGGUUGACUACAAUCCAGGCAUUGACUACAUCAGAAGCUUGGCUAGUUCCUCAGUGACUCUCUGCAGCAAUGAAUGCAUCAGUAACUCAGCCUGUGUCGCCACCGGCUUCUUCACCAACAACAACUUGUGUGUCUUACUCAACGCAGAACAAGCUGGAAAGAAAACUACAACGGGCACAACCCAGCAGUACUUUGACAAAGACUGUGCGAACACACCAUACUUCAGCGGCAAGUACUGCCAGACGGAUCUGAGGGAUGACUGUGAAACCAAUGACUGCCGUGACUACAGCGUGUGCCGGGACCUGCUUGGUGGGAACAAGUGUGUGUGCCCCUCUCGUGGCCAGUACACACAACCAAGAUGUGAUCGCGACAGCAAUUUAUGCAGUCCCCAGCCCUGCAAGAACAGCGGCACCUGCAACUCUUGGGGGGACGUUCGGUAUCAGUGCACCUGUCUCCCUGGCUUCACGGGGGUUAACUGUGAGACGGAAGUGGACGAGUGUAAGGAGAACCCGAGUGGCUGUCUGUACGGCGGGACCUGUGUCAAUGGCGACAACUCUUACUCCUGCACGUGCAAACCCGGCUUCGGGGACGACCACUGUCACAAUGAAGCGGUCCUGUGUACAUCAGGGCGCUGCAGCAACGGACUCUGUAUCAACAAUUACGACAACGUCACUGCCGACUGCAUCUGCGAUAAUCCCUUUGAGAAAGAUUCCAAUGGCGAGUGUACCGAGAAGGACUUCUGUUCCCCGUCCCCAUGCGCCACCAACAACACAGAACGCUGUGACAAGCUGACCGGCGGCUACCGCUGUGUGUGCAAGUCCGGCUACGAAGGAUCUCUGUGUCAACACAACAUCGACGACUGUGCCAGCAAACCGUGCGUGCAUGGAACCUGUGUAGACAAAGUGACGACGUUCUCCUGCCAAUGUGACGAUGGCUGGACAGGCCCUACCUGUACGUCUGACAUCGUGGACUGCAAAAACCAAUGUCCCACGGAAAAGACAGAGCGCUGUGUGGAUCUGAACCAGGACUACAGGUGUGAGUGUAAGCCGGGUUACACAGGUAAAAACUGCACGGAGAUGAUCAACGAGUGCGACUCCCUGCCGUGUAUGCAUGGCGGCACCUGUGUGGACCAGCUGGCCGACUACUCCUGUAACUGUACCCCUGGCUGGGAGGGCAAGAACUGCCAAAAUAUCGCCAACACGUGCUCCGGCAUCUCGUGUCAGAAUGACGCCACGUGCUUCCCCGUGUUUGAAGACUACUUCUGCAGUUGCCAGAAGGGAACCCAGGGGCGCCUGUGUGAAUCGUCCCCCAAGGUGUGUGAUCUUGUCAAGCCGUGUACUGCACAGGGUACAUGCCAGCAGUCAGGCGGGUCUGCAACAUGCAAGUGUGGAUCAUUAUACAGCGGGGUGUCCUGUGAGCUGAUCAAGGAUACGUGUUCCGCCAAUGUGUGUAACAAUGGUGGCAACUGUUCUCUCGUCCAGCCAAUGGGCCACACGUGUAACUGCCCAGAAGGAUUCAGCGGUGAUAAUUGCCAGACAAAGGACGACGUUUGCAGCAACAAGUGUCCAUCUGGCACGACCUGUCUAAGCGAGGGACGCGAGACCUUCUGCCUGUGUACACCUCCCAAAAUUCUCUCUGGAACGUCGUGUAAAGACACGUCGCCAGACUUUGACCUGUACCUGGACAAUCGAUUGGGAUCCCAGGUUGUCCAGUCGUACAACCCGUUCCAGCUUACAGGCGACCUGUCCAUCAUGUUCUGGAUCGGCUACCUCAACUCCGGCAGAUCAGUCGUGAUAUCCAACCUAGAUCGCAGUGAAAAGUAUUUCGAGCUCUUCCAAGACCGAGUCCAGUUUUCUGCCGCUGGAAAGGUGGUCAAUAUGACGCUAGAAAAAGCAGAUCUUGAGACAGUCAAGGGUCAAUGGGAUCAUGUUGCAGCCACGUGGACAAGAAACGGGUCCAUCAAUGUGUUUAUAAACGGAAUCAAAGUCACAUCAGGAGAUAUUGACGUUAACCUCACAGACAGCAACAGUCUGAAGAUCGUGUGGUUCGACCCAGCCUUCAAUGGAUACAUCUCCCGUCUUACUGUGUGGAGAGGCAUCCUAACCCACACUGAUGUGACAAAUGUGUUGGGGAACUUGAACUACCAGCCCACAGGUGACCUUGCCCUUGGGUGGAACCGCUACAAGAUGGCGGGCGGAAGUAGAAUAUACGUCCCAAGCAAGGCUGGUACGGGUGUUACACUGUGCGAGCCGGGACGUGUCAUGGCAGAAAACUGCACUGGGCAGCCAGACAAGAAGAAGCCAGUUCUGAAGAACUGUCCAACCACUGACGUCCUGUAUAACGUAAGCACCCGCGUCGUGGAGGCCAUUGUCGUCUACACAGCGCCCUCUACAGACAGUAACGCCGCAGUAUCCAGCACAUUCACAGACGAGCUCAUGAUGCGAGGCAGGUAUGAUAUUGUUUACGUCGCCAAAGACAACCAAGGAAACGUUGAACUGUGCAGAUUCAAUGUCUAUAUACGAGGAUCAAGCACAUGCAGCACAGAGGGCUUCUUGGCGAUCACACCUUGUGGAGCAACUGCAGUUCGUGACUUCUGUCCCACCGGUCAAGCCCCUUCCAUCCCAACGCCAAAUAUUCUUAGUUGUGGCAAACUUGGGUCUUAUAAUCUGGACAAUCCGUUGGAGCUGUACACACCGCCUGCUUGUGGAGCCACAUCUGAUCAAAAGUAUUCAGUGGAGUUCACCCUCAUCUACCAAAUGACUUUGACCUGUUCCGACUUUUUGAAAGAGGGCUUGUUGAGAGAGUUGCGAAGCAAGUUUGUGAAUAGCCUCUCUGAUCGUUGGCCAGGGCUGUGUGUUGAUGCCUGCACAAACCUGGUAGCUGCAGGACGUUGUGACGCCAAGAAAAUAGUUGUCAGUGCCACCUUGACAAAACUUGGAAGCAAGAUAACCAAGAAAGACAACAGCAUAACAUUAUCACCGGCCGAGAUUAUCAAGAUUACAGCGAUUGAGAGUAACGAUCUGAGCGAUUCAAAGUUCAUGGACAUCGGCCUGAGUAUGCUACAGAAGGACCUGGUGGUGGUUGUCCUUAAGGCAUCCUGUGAUGAAGCAGUCGGCACCAGCAGCUGUGUUGCCUGUGGCCAUGGGUCCUUCCUCAACUCAACACUGGGCCAGUGUGAGCUGUGUCCAGUAGGCACCUACUCUGACGCAUCCUCACAGACGUCGUGCAAGACGUGUGGAGUAAAGACCACUCUCAGGCCUGGUGCUAGGACUCUGGCUAGCUGUGUGGACAAAUGUCCAGCUGGUCAGUACUUCCAAGGCAGCAGCUGUAGCCCAUGUCCACGUGACUACUACCAGGAGAAGGAGGGCCAGUCGUUCUGCUACCCCUGUCCUCUGCUCAAGAGAACCAGAGUGGCGGGAACAGACAGUGCUUCCAAAUGUUUUAAUGGCUGUCCUUCUGGCACUGACUUGCAGGACGAUGGGUCAUGUAAGGACUGUGCCCAGGGUUACUUCAGGACGCGCAACCUACAAGACAGCUGUGAGAAAUGUCCGAGUGGAAAGACCACGGAAGGAGACCACGUCCGAAACUUACGGAACCAAAAAAUCAAAACGACCUCAUCGUCCGGCUGCAACUUACCUGAUUGUCCCUCUGGUCGAUACAUCGACAUGAACAGGUUGUGUAAGAUAUGUGAGAUAGGGACGUUCCAGACCACGAAAUGGCAGAGAUCGUGCAUCUCCUGUAACGACAGCUACACAACAACAGCUGCAGAAUCUACACAGGCUUCCGACUGUAAAUUUUUGUGCCCAGCAGGACAAGAAGAAUCACCAGUGGGUUCACGAUGUUCACCAUGUCCUAGGGGCAAAUACAGAGAUAGUUCUAUGCUGCUGAGAUUCCAGCCAUGUCAAACAUGCAGUACUGGCUUCACCACGAAGACGAGUAAUGCUACCAAUAGCACCGACUGUUCCAUCAGAAUAUGCACAGCGGGCAACUACAGAAAUGCGACCGACAACACGUGUUACCCAUGUCCUGUUGGGCAAUAUCAACCUCAGGAUCUCCAAGAUCAGUGUCUGUCUUGCAACAGCAGCUACAGCACCAGCGGCACCGGCACCGUGAACGCCACUGGAUGUAUCUUUUUCUGUCCCGAUGGCUAUGAACUGAAAACACCUGGCACCCGACCUGCACCCUUGCCCCGAGGGACCUACCGCUCCAACACAGACCUUCUAAGAUUUAAAACAUGCCAAGCUUGUGCUGACAGCACAAAAUCAACAGACGACGUUGGAUCCAAGCUACCAUCAGAUUGUAAAAUCAAGGUGUGCAGUGCUGGCCAGAAGCUAACAGAUAACAUGUUGAGCUGUGUUAAUUGCCCUGUGGAUACCUAUCAACCAGAGGCCCUUCCCAAUACCACAACGCAGUGUCUUAACUGCACCACAAACUACGGCACAAAACAGCCCAGUAGUGGCAAUAGUUCCGACUGCCUUCCAUUCUGUGCAGCUGGCCAGCAGGUCAAUGGCAGCCAAUGUGAGCCGUGUCCAAGUGGAACCUGGAACGAUGGGUCAUCCCAGAUGCGGUUCUCGGCAUGUGAAGCGUGUUCUGAUGCUAAUUUUACAACAGAAUCAACCGGUUCCACCAGUGCUACACAGUGCACACUGAGAAACUGCCCUCCUGGAUACAAAAUCGGUGCCAGUGCCUGCGAGGCAUGUGCAUUUGGGGAGUACCAGCCACUUCGGGCAAAGAGCAAGUGUGAAAGUUGUGGCACAGACCUGAAUACGUCUUCGACCGCCUCUACUUCAAGAGAUCAGUGUACAAUUUCUUGCGGUCCGGGCAAACAAGGACAGAACAACGUCUGCUCCCUUUGCCCUGCAGAUACGUUCAAAGGCCAGUCUGGAUUCGCCGUGUGCAGCCCCUGCACUGGCAGCAAAACGUCUGACGUGGCGAGAACCACCUGUACUCUAACGUUCUGUGACAAAGGUGUUGGUUAUAACUCGACUUCAAAGACGUGCGCCGAUUGUGCCAAAGGCUUCUAUAAGCCCGCCAGGGGCAACACGGCCUGCACAUCAUGUUCCAAGAACUACACAACAACAGGCACCGGUACCAAAGACGCAACAGGCUGCAACCAGUUGAACUGUGAGCCUGGAUUCUUUGCCCAUCAGACAGCCACAUGCACACCGUGCCCUACAGGGUACUACAAGGCCGCUGUGGGGACGGAGAACUGCACCAAGUGUGAUGCAGGCAUGACCACGCAAGCAGAGGGUUCAACUGCCUCGACCGCCUGCAGCCUGAAGGUGUGUCCUGCUGGCGAGUACAGAAUUGCGGCCAACACCUGUCAGAAGUGUGCAGUAGGGGAAUACCAGAAUGACACAGGACAGACACAGUGUUCUAAGUGUGGCACUGGAUUCACCACAAAACUGACAGGAUCGACGACUGAAACCGACUGCUUGAGGGUGUGUGGUGUGGGGAAUUAUCGGAGUUCUCGUACUGAGUGUAGUGUCUGUGUCGUGGGAACGUAUCAGCCCAACACCGGCGCUGAGGCCUGCGUCAACUGCACCACUGGCUUCACCACUUCCAACAACGGGUCGGCAGCAGCGACCGACUGCUACAGACUAUGUCCGGCUGGGGAGUAUCGUCCAGACAGUGACCGCACAGCAUGCAACAAAUGUACGCUUGGUACGUACCAGCCUUCAAGUGGCAAGACAAGCUGCAUCAGCUGCUCGCCUCCGGGUUACACCACGCUGCAGAUGGGCUCCAUGCAGUCGACGGAUUGCAUGCCUACCUGUGCAGCGGGGAAAUACCUGAAUGUGACGUCACGCUCGUGUAUGCCGUGUCCCCUGGGCACCUUCCUGCCCUCAGCAGGAACCACCCAGCAGUGUCGCCAGUGCCCCACAGGCAAGACGACGACCUUGACUGGUUCAACUCAGGAAGCCAACUGUGACCUAGUUGACUGUGAGCCAGGUUACUACAGGAAAGAGAACCAGGGUUGUCUGCCAUGCGGCAAGGGAUACUACCAGCCGACCAAAGGACAGAUCUCUUGUAUCAAGUGUGAUGUGACCACGACUACAUUAAUUAUUGUAACUACCGCCACAUCGAAAGACCAGUGUAUCGAUGACUGUCAGGAAGGAAAAGAAUAUAAUCAACUAAAACGAGUGUGUGUUGACUGUCCAAUCGGUGAGAUUCGGAAUCCCAGUAUGAGCGACUAUUGCCUAUUCUGCCCUGCUGGACAGACUACUGCAUUCGCAGGAUCGACGACCUGCGUAGCUUUCCCGGCGUCCACACCUGCACCUUUGCUGAGGACAGUGAGAGUCCGGAUGAUAUUCAGGGUAACUAGCUGCACUAAUCCCACUUUGAUUCACGGCACGAUCAUAGCCGAGAUCAGACGAUUAGUCGUUAUUCGAGCCAGAGAGUUCCCCAGCCUCUGCCGGGUCAGUUCAUGUGGCAACAUUGCUAUCAUCUUCAUCGUUGGCUGUGGAGGUACCCGUGCCAAGAGACAGACAACAUCUUCCGUUACAGCGGAACUGACGGCGUCAAAUCUCCCGGAGAGAAUCCCCAACACAGGCAACACUGUGACGAGAAGUCCGGAGUCGCUGUUGACGCAGGCGCUGGCUGCUAACACUACCGUCGCCCCAGCACUGGCUGCCGCUGGCAUUACAGUCAACUCCAUAGACCCUCCAACAACAACGACGUCUUGCAGCCCAGGUUCAGUGCUGAAUUCUGGAACGUGUGUGCCCUGCCCAGUAGGCACAAAACAUGACACAACUUCAGGGUCCUGCAAGGACUGUGAAAUCAGUCAGUACCAAGACCAGACUGGACAAGUCUCCUGCAAGGCCUGUGCAGGCAAACUGUCUACCAGCGGAACGAAGAGCAACAACGUAUCUUAUUGUGUCUCCAAGUGUAAACUGGAGACAGGAUAUUGCAAAAACAACGGCAUCUGUAGGGACGGUACAGAUGGAUCAGUGAGCUGUGACUGCAGUGAAUACUACACCGGUGACACCUGUACUGUCCGGCGAUGUGAGUAACUGUAGAACACACCA